AUGCAAGAAACUUGUUCUAAAACAGUAAGAAAUAACAACGUAAAUAAGAAUGGGCUUCCCAAAACAGGAGAAAAACAUGCAAUUACGCCUUUCGUAAACGUAAACUUUACCAUAUCGGAGUUGGCAAAAUGUACAGGGGCGCAAGUGCAAUAUUUGCAGCUAUUAGAUUUUUCAUUACCCUUUGAUGUCACGUGCAAUGGCUAUUUUUCAAUGGAGACCGUAUGGAAUGAAUACGAAAUCGUUGUGGAUGGUCAAGCUGAAAAAUUGCUAUUUGAUAAAUUAUCCGUGUACAUCUCACAUUUGAAUGGUGAUAUGAAUGAGGUAAAUCAUGGUGUAGUAACUGGUGGCCGUUGCGCGGGCGACACAUUUUUCAUGUCCAUGGCUUACGUGGCCGACGAUCAGGAGGGGUGCGCCGGCGGCAAAGGUGUAUCCAGUCUUACUUUACGCGCCUUCGAGGCCCGUCUGACCGGACCCAAGUGCGGCCCCACCACCUGCACGAUGGAAAGCGGUCAUAUUCAUUUUGACCCACCUAUCCACAAUAAUUAAUUACUAUUAAUAACAUUAUAUAAAAUUACUGAUUUAUUUUAAUACGCAAUCAAUAUAAAUGUAUAAUUGAG